AGAUCCACCCCUUGGACUCUGGCUGGGGUGCAACCAGUUGGUCCCGGGGAUUUGCACGCGGUCAGCGGAGGGCGAGGCGAAGAGGGGCCCGCUGCCGGAGGAAGAAAACGGCGGAAUACACGCGGCGCCCCCCCCACCCCCGCCGCCAUGGAAGGCUCUCUCAAAGCACCCUCCAAGGAAGCCUAUCGUGCGGCAAUGGUGCUGUCCGGUGCAGGUGAUGCCCUUGGAUAUCGCAACCAGCGCUGGGAAUACUGUACUUCAGGCCCCCAGAUACACCAGGAACUCCAAGAAAUGGGGGGAUUGGGCAAGAUCCGUGCAGCCCUCCCCGACUGGCCUGUCAGUGACGACACUGUGCUGCACCUGGCGACCGCUGAGGCCCUAGCCACAGGGAAGAAUGGGGAGCCCCUGUUCCAGGAGCUAGGCAGGCGCUACGUUGAAGCCAUGAAGGACAUGGAAGGGAGGAAGCCUGGGCCUACGAGCAUUCUGGGAACAUCUCAGUUAUGUCCUGGGGAGCCAAAGGGUUAUCGCAUUCCCUUCAACCCCCAAGCAACAGGCUGUGGGGCCGCCAUGAGGUCCAUGUGUAUCGGGCUGAGGUAUCCUCGUCCUUCCGAUCUCCACUCUUUGAUCCAAGUCAGCAUAGAAAGUGGCCGGAUGACACAUCACCACCCCACAGGAUAUCUUGGGGCUCUGGCUUCUGCCUUGUUUACGGCAUAUGCCGUGCAGGGCCUUCCCCUUGAGCGUUGGGGUGUAGGGUUACUCAAGACCCUCCCUCUUGCCUUAGAGUAUGUGCGUGCUGCUGCAUUUGAGAGUGAAGCCAAUGUGGGGGCCUGGACCUAUUUUCCAGAGAAAUGGGAAUGGUACCUCUCAGAACGCGGCCUUGCUGAGGGCCAGGGCCCUGCUCGGUUCCCUCCUGCCUAUGGUCCCACGGAGCGUGAUGUCAUCUACAAGACCUUCAGCUUGGAUGGGUGGGCUGGGCGGAGUGGACACGAUGCUCCCAUGAUCGCCUAUGACGCUCUGCUGGCAGCUGGGGACAACUGGGAAGAGCUCUGCAGCCGUGCCAUGUUUCAUGGGGGGGACAGCGAUUCCACUGGGGUGAUUGCUGCCUGCUGUUGGGGUCUCGCUCAUGGAUUCCGAGGUGUCCCAGAAGGAAACCAUGCAGAGCUUGAGUACCGAGACAGGAUGGUGGCUGCUGCAGAUUCCCUCUAUCACCUUGCAUGGGAGCAGGCGCCAGUCUGACAGGCAUUGCCUCUACCUAGCAAACCAGACCUGCUCCUCAAAUUUCUGGGCCAGGGGUGGGGAGCUGAGGGGAGCUUGUAACCAGCUGGAAAAUGCUUUUUUGCAGAAUAAAGUUAAGCCUCAUCUGCAGUUCUGCUUCUGCCUUGGAAAAGUUUCAGGUCCUAUAUUUCUAAGAGCUCCUAAGAAAAAUAUCCCUAUUUUGUUGGGAAAUUUCCUUGCUUCCAGGUUCCAAAAGUCUGGAGAAGUACUUUGAUUAUUUAAUGGUGAGAGAAAUGCACUCUGCACAUGUCCAGAAGCAUUCUCUUUUUUAUUAUUAUUGUUUCACGUAGUCCAUGCCUUAACCCUGUUGGGCCAAAAAUAAUACUGGAUUAAUUUCUCCACCAUUUAAGAGAAUGGAAGAGUUGCAGGAUCCUUCCAGAUAUGGCUUUCAAUGUGCCGUUGCUCUUCCCGAUUCACAGAAUUUUAGGGUGCGGGUGGGAAUCAAGAACACUUGGUCUUCCACUGGUAACCCUUCUAAAGUUUUUUAGAAGGGUGCUUUCAUCUUUUUUUUUUCUUAUUGCACAAAAUUAUUGCUCCAGCUGGAAGCAUCUCUAGCUCUCCCUUAUAUGGCUAGAAUCCCUUUUCUCUCCCAAAAAACCGAGGAGUCCUGGACACACAGAGGCCCGGCCAAAAUGAUUUAAUUUGGUACCAAGGCUUUUUCUUUUUUGGAUAGCCAAGCUGUGAUGUGUGCAACGUUGUGGAGAGAAUGCGGGGUGGUGGAAGAGAGAGGGGGAGAGACACAUUAUUGUAAUUGUAGCUCCUGUGCAGGGAUGGCAAAAACAUGCAAGAAUACCAAGGAUUUUCCAUCUAAACAUUCUAAUUAGAAGGCAGCUUUGGCCCCAGAAGGUGAUGGGAUUGGCCUUUUACUUCUGAUUUUCUGCAUUAUGGAUUUAUGGGAACUGUUUCAAACCCAUGAUGCUACUGGGAGCAGCCCCAGUUUGUCACAUGCCAAACGUAUUGUAGCAGCAGAUGAUGGGCAACUAAGCUUAGGGUCUCAAGGAGCAGCGGGGUUGGUCACACUCCCCUAGCAGUAAAAAAGUAAAAGGGAAAAAAAGGUGGUAGGGCAUCUAUAGAGGAAGAAGAGAAUGAUGUGAUACCAUGGUGAGCUUGAGAAAGGAUCCAAAUGGGAAGGAAACCAUGAUAGGAAUGUUAGGGGCACAGUGGUACAAUUGCCAGCAGGAGAACAUAAUGA